ACAUCGUGAGACUCGUGUUUGAGAUCGGUCGUUGGAAUGAUGAGAUUUUCAGCAGCUAUACAGGGCCUAACUAUGCUCCUAUCUGGGGUAUCCCUUCAACCGCCACGCUGUCAGGUCGAGAGGACAGAGGCCAGCAAGCCGCCCUGCGAGCUAUCCUGACACGCAGCCCAGUCAUGCCUCCCUAUCUACCGCAGGAGCUCAUCGACGAGGCCAUCGACUACCUCUGGAACGAUGUCAAGGCCCUCACAGCGUGCGCACUCGCCUCCCAGUCAUGUCUGCCCUCCGCACGGACGCACCUUUUCCACGACCAAACGCUGCUCGGCGCGAAGUCCUGCUCGCGCUUCGAAGCCUUCUUAGAGUCCUCGCCCGACGUUACUCGCUACAUCCGGACGCUCUCUAUCAGCGAGCCCACCAGCUCUGCGUACGCUCAGGAGUGGGUCAACCGCGUGCCCAUCCUCGUGGCCAGGCUCCAGCGGCUCGCGACGCUUGAACUCGUCGGGCUCCACUACGUAUCGCUCCAGCGAUGCUCGAAGCAGACCCUCGCCGCGUUCGGCAAGCUCGAGAAGCUCGUCUUCGCAGACGUGUACUUCGACCACUUCCUUGACCUCAACACCCUCCUCGCCUCCUCCCACAAUGUCACAAACGCCCUCUUCUACCGUGUCGGGUGGGGGAACCCCUCUCCCGCUUACGAAGAGUUUCCGAGCCCAGUUCCCCUCCGCUUGAAGCGGCUCGUUGUGGACUCGUGGGCGUCGUCCGUGAUAUUGCGACAGUGGUUGCUGCCCUGCGCUGAACUAGCCGGCGAAGUCAACCUGCGGACACUCAUGGUCCGUUGGCGUGAGCGCGAUUCGAUGGACGUUCUCAACUCGCUUUUCCGCGUGUGCGGCUCCGCGCUAGAGCACCUCUACGUGGAGCUCCCAACCAUGAAAGAGGAUUCACAGGAAGUCCCGAGCCUGUAUCACAACACGCGCCUGCGCAUACUUGAGAUCGACGGGCUAGUGCUCCCCGGAUGCGUCCAGUGGACGUCGGCGCUGCUGCAGGAGUUACGCUCGACGCAGCUUGAGACGCUCGCGAUCUCGCUCCUCGUCCUCCGCAAUGACGUCUUGGCCGCGUUCGAGUGGGGCAAGCUCGACGCGGUCUUGGCACAGUCGGAAUUCAAGGACGUCGCCCUCGUGAUCAACGUUAACCGCGCGCUGCACCCGCAUAACGAUCCUGAUGCACUGCGGUCAGCCGUUAGAGGUUAUUUGCCCUUGGCUGUUAGGCGAGGGAAGUUGACUAUUAGGUGCUCUUGAUGCCCAUACCUACCACACUUCGCUGAAAUCUCUGCGAGUGUCAACAUCUAUACCCUCUAGCUGUAUCUAAUCGGUGUAUUUAGGGCCUUUAUUUGGGUAGAACAGAGGGGGGAGCUAGCUCUUCGUGCUCUCUAGAAUCAUUUUACGUGCUCGUCGUUACAUUGGCAUACUCACGAUGUGGUUUGCCACUGCGAUGUCCUGCUCAUGUGACAUUGCAACAGAAGUCCAAGGGGACUGAGGACAAAUUAUUAUCA